AUGGCGGCGACAAUAUACGGCGUCAGGAGCUUUUUCUUGUUGGCGGCGAUUGUGAUAUUGUUCUACGGUCGUUAUGGAGGCGCCACCGCAGCCACCAGAGGUUACAUUAAGUACAAAGAUCCAAAAGCGGCUGUGGAAGAAAGAGUAGAGGAUUUGCUAACACGAAUGACAUUACCUGAGAAACUUGGUCAAAUGUGUCAAGUUGAUCGGUUCAACUUCUCAUUUUUCCCCCCGGCCACGCGCCACGAAAUCUUCACAAAGUACCUGAUCGGAAGCGUUUUGAGCAAUCCGUAUGAUACCGGGGCUAGUCCAUCAAAGCGGGUCGUCGAAGUGAACACCAUGCAGAAAUUGAGUCUUUCGACGAGGCUUGGAAUCCCUUUGCUUUACGCCAUUGAUGCGGUUCAUGGCCACAACACUUUUAUCAAUGCCACCAUCUUCCCUCACAACGUCGGUCUUGGUGCCACUAGGGAUCCUGAUCUUGUCAAAAAGAUUGGAGCUAUAACUGCGCUUGAAGUAAGAGCUACCGGAAUCGCACAAGCUUUUGCGCCUUGUGUUGCGGUUUGCAGAGAUCCUAGAUGGGGAAGGUGUUAUGAGAGCUAUAGCGAAGAUCCUAAAGUGGUGAAUAUGAUGACCGAAAGUAUCAUGGAGGGAUUACAAGGAAAUGCUCCUUACGUUGCUGACUUCAAGACUAAACUGGCUGGUUGCGCCAAACAUUUUGUUGGGGAUGGAGGAACGGUAGGUGGAAUCAAUGAGAAUAACACUGUGGCUGAUAACGCUACUCUCUUUGGUAUCCAUAUGCCUCCUUUUGAGAUAGCCGUAAAGAAAGGGAUCGCAUCAAUCAUGGCUUCUUAUUCUAGUCUCAACGGUGUUAAGAUGCAUGCAAACCGGGCAAUGAUCACUGAUUACCUCAAGAACACCCUCAAAUUCCAAGGCUUUGUUAUCUCUGACUGGCUUGGAAUAGAUAAGAUCACAACUCCACCCAGAGCAAAUUACACAUACUCUAUCGAAGCUUCCAUUAAUGCCGGCAUUGACAUGGUUAUGGUUCCAUUUCAAUAUAUAGAGUUCUUGGAAGGAUUGACUAAACUAGUGAACGGUGGAUACAUUCCUAUGAGCCGUAUCGACGAUGCUGUUCGAAGAGUCUUGAGAGUUAAAUUCUCCAUUGGUCUCUUUGAGAACCCAUUGGCAGAGGAAACUCUUGUCUCCGAGUUUGGAUCUGAGGCGCAUAGAGAAAUAGCGAGAGAGGCGGUGAGAAAAUCAAUGGUGCUUCUAAAAAACGGGAAGACAAACGUAGAUAAAGUUAUUCCUCUCCAGAGAAAUGUGAAAAAGAUCGUUGUUGCUGGAGCACACGCUAACAACAUGGGUUGGCAAUGUGGUGGCUUUACUCUCACUUGGCAAGGAUUCAAUGGAACCGGAGAAAACAUUGGCCGUAACAAAGCCAUGCAACUCCCUACCGGUAAAACCAGAGGAACUACAAUCUUGGAAGCCAUUAUGAAGACUGUCGAUCACACCACUGAAGUUGUCUACGCGGAGGAACCAAACCAAGAUACGUCAAAGCUUCACAUUGACGCAGCAUACACAAUUGUGGUCGUAGGUGAAGCUCCUUACGCAGAGACACAAGGGGACAGCACCACGCUAAGCAUAGCCGCACCAGGUCCAGACACGAUCAGGCACACGUGUGGUAGUGGUAUGAAGUGUGUAGUGGUCCUAGUCACUGGACGUCCUCUCGUGAUCGAGCCGUACCUUGACACCAUCGACGCUCUUGUAGUCGCUUGGCUUCCAGGAACGGAAGGACAAGGAAUCACUGAUGUCUUGUUUGGUGAUCAUCCCUUCACGGGCACGUUACCUCGCACGUGGAUGAAGAGUGUGACUCAGCUUCCCAUGAACGUUGGCGACAAGAACUACGAUCCUCUCUUCCCCUUCGGAUACGGAAUCAAAACAUAA